CAAGCUUCUUUUCUUAGCAUCCUCAUUUAGGUGGAUAAACGGACAAGACGCAGCUAUGAGUCUCUCAGCCAAGGACAAAGCCAACGUGAAGGCCAUCUGGGGCAAGAUCCUCCCUAAAUCCGAUGAGAUUGGAGAACAGGCUCUUUCCAGGAUGGUGGUUGUCUACCCCCAGACCAAGGCCUACUUCUCCCACUGGGCUUCCGUGGCCCCCUAUUCCGCUCCAGUGAAGAAGCACGGCAUCACCAUCAUGAAUCAGAUCGAUGAAUGUGUUGGCAACAUGGACAAUCUCGUUGAUUUCUUGUCCAAGCUCAGUGAACUGCACGCCACCAAGCUGAGGGUGGACCCCACCAACUUCAAGAUCCUGGCUCACAACCUGAUUGUGGUCGUUGCCGCCUACUUCCCUGCGGAAUUCACCCCCGAGAUCCAUCUGUCCGUGGACAAGUUCCUGCAGCAACUGGCUCUGGCCCUGGCGGAGAAGUACCGCUAAACGGGAGUUCAGCUGUCAAGCUGUCAUCCGAGGCAUAAUGUCCAUCCAAUAUUGACACACUGACAAUAAACCAAAUUGAAACUCAUACAAAGGUGUUUGUUGUUUGUCAUUUUAAUUGUCUCCCAUUGUCUUGUGAUAUAUUUUGUCGGCUACAUUUGGAUUCUCUUGUAUAAUGGAUUUGUCACGUCAAGUAUAAAAUAAAGUUAACAGCCUAUUUCA